AUGCGGCCUUGCACACUCGCCCUGUUGGCUCUCGCAGCUCUUGCAUCAUCAUCAUCAGCAUCAUCAUGCCAACCUCGCACCCAGCAUCUUAGUGACCCCCCUUACGAAAAUUACUUCUACUCCGACUGCAGUGUCGACGCGCAAGCCGUCGUCACCAGUCCCCUUCCCGACAGUAACCUCAGCAUCAUCGGACCGCGUCUCAUCGUCGCGUUCCCCGCUGGGAACAGCGGCAUCUGUACGUUUUUCCAGCCGCACAAGGACAAGAAUGGCACGCUGGCGGUUGCGCUCGUCAAUUCGACCUUUGGAGCGCCCCUCGGCGCAGUCGCACCCCAGAAGAAUGCCACGUCCAAGCAUCCCCAUGUCGGGGUGCAAGGCAUCCUGUCGUUUAACAACUCGGCCGAGAUGGCGCUGGCUAUCCUCGGCAGCGUCCGAAACAUCCGCGACUUCACCGAGGGACCAAGUCUUUUGAGUCCCGUCAUUCAGGACGCCGUCAAGGUGGCCAGGUACAACGGCACGGGGGUGCAGCUGUCGCGGCUGUGGCUGGACAACGUCACGACAACGACGCUCACCCUGGUCCCCUGGCGGAACGACAACGCCAACAUCAGCAUCUCCAACAGGACCGUCGCCUUUGGCUCCGGCUUCUACCACUUCUCCACGACCUUCAACUACCCGCAGCUCCAGCAGCUCAAGCCCAGGCAGAUCCUGAACAGCCAGUCGCAGGGCCUCAUCCAGCGGGAUCCGGGCCAGGUGAGCUCGCUGUCGUUCUUCUCCUACACGGAGAAGCUGCUCGCCGGGGGCUGGCGCUUCCUCACCUACUUUGGCCGCGACAGCCUCAUAUCCGCGCUGCUCCUGCAGCCCGUUCUCAGCACGGGCAACGGGUCGGCAAUGGAGGCCGUCAUCGGCGCCGCCCUGGAGCGCAUCAACCGCACCGACGGCUCGGUAUGCCACGAGGAGACCAUCGGCGACUACGCCACGUUUCUCAACAGGCAGAGGAACCUCUCCUCCACAGCCGCCGGCUUCACGUACCCCAUGAUCGACACCGACUACUACCUCCCCAUUGCCAUGGAAAAGUACUUCCAGGCGCAGCCGCGGCGGAUCCAGCCCCUCCUGGCGACGCGGGCUGGUGCCGUCGACGCCGACAACAAGAACCUCACCUGGGGGCAGCUGGCGUACAUUGGUGCCCAGAAGAUCAUGGACAUAACCGCUGCGUUUGAGAAGAACCAGUCUGUCGCGAACCUGAUCCAUCUCAAACAGGGCGAAGUCGUCGGACAAUGGCGCGACUCGACACACGGCAUUGCCAACGCCCGCAUCCCAUUCGACGUGAACUGCGCCCUGGCCCCGGCAGCAUUGUACUCGAUCUCCCGGCUGGCCGGCAUGGACGGCGUGUAUCCAAACACCUCCGUCACCUCGGGCUGGGCCGACGCGGCGGCUCGGCGGGCACGAGUCUGGGAGGCCGAAACCCUCCGCUUCUUCCAGUACAACACCACGCUGGACACUGCGCGGUCCAGGCUGGCAGAAUACACGGCCAAGAACACCUUCUACAAGGGUCCCACCAACGCCGACUCCCUGGGCAAGUAUUCCUCGGCCGGACUCAUCGUCGACUACGGCCUCGCCGUCAACAGCUCCUCGGCGCCGGACGUCAUCCCCAUCAGCCACACCGACACGGGGUUCAGGCACUUCCUCCUCAACGCCACCGACGACGACGACGACGGGCAGCUGACAACCUUUAUCAACGCGUCGGCGAAUGCCAUUCUGCGCCCCUUCCCCGCGGGGCUGACCACCCCCGUCGGCGCCGUCGUCGCCAACCCUGCGCUGUCGGGCCAGGACGUCCUCAUUGCCAACUUUACAAACUCUGCGUACCACGGGACCGUCGUCUGGAGCUGGCAGCUCGCGCUCAUGGCCAAGGGCUUCGAGAGGCAGCUCGGGCGGUGCGGCAACUCGACGUCAGGCGGUUCGCCGGGCUUCUGCAGGGACAAGGCCGUGUUUGCGGCGCUGAAGGGCGCGUACAACCGCCUGUGGGACGUGAUUGAGGACAACGAGGAGCAGCUGCAGUCCGAGGUAUGGAGCUGGACGUUUGGCGGAGCCAGCAACGGGACCGGCGGAGCGUACAAGUUUUCGCCGUUGGGCGUGCUGCCGCCGCCGCCGGGUGUCAGUGCCGGGACGGAGAGCGAUGUGAGGCAGCUGUGGAGUUUGAUGUUUCUCGCCGUCGAGAGGAACAAGGAGUAUCAGUAG